CUCGCCUGCCGCUCCCGCCGGCCCCCAGCUCGGCGCGCAAAAGUCUCGGCGGCUGAGUCGGAACUUGUUGGCGAUGCCCGGCUUGCAGCUGCCCCCCGCCUCCCCCCGAGCCCCGCUUUAAACCCCGCUGAGCCACCAGCGAAGCGAGCGCCGCCCGAGAGAACGGAACAGAAAGCUCCGCACCUCGCAAAUGGUUGUAUUCACUGUAGGAUGGGACUUAAGUUGAACGGCAGAUACAUUUCUCUGGUCCUUGCUGUGCAGCUAGCAUACCUGGUGCAGGCAGUCAGAGCGGCGGGCAAGUGCGAUGCGGUCUUUAAGGGCUUCUCGGACUGUGUGCUCAGGAUGGGCAAUAACAUUGCCGGCUAUCAGCAAGACAUGGACGACAAGAGAAAUCUCGAAACGAUCUGCCGGUACUGGGACGACUUCCACGCCUGCACCCUCACCGCCCUCACGGAUUGCCAGGAGGGGGUGACGGACGUCUGGGAGAAGCUGAAAGAGAAGUCCAAAAAGCUCGACUACGAAGGCAACCUGUUCGUGCUGUGCGGCAAGUCCAAGGGGGCCGCCUCCUCGUCGCUGGCCUCCGCCUUCCCCUUGCUGCUCUUGGCGCUGCCGGCCGCCCUGGCCACCUGGUUCUCCUUCUAGAGGAGGCAGGCGGGGAGAGAGAGCCCAGCCCAGCCCAGCCCGUCGCCCCGGCGCGCACCACUUCUUCUCUCUUUCUCCAGGAGUCGGAUUUGUAGAGGAAACAUCUCCAUGCUUCGGACUGGGGGUGCGAGGCAGGCCGGCUGGCGCGGAUGCAGCUACCGGGCGCCAGCCAUCGCCUCUCCGGGGAGCACCGCGCAGGGAAGGGGAAGGAGAGGGCCGCCACGCCGCCACCAUCACCCUCUGCUCUCUCCCAGCGUCUCUCCUUCUCCUCCUUCUCCCUCCCCUCCCCCUCUCUCCCUCGCGUUUCGAUGAUUUGCCAAAAUGGUACCAAGCGAGGGGCCAUCGAGAGCCAAAGCCGGACCUCAGCUUUACUCCGCUCUUCUGCAGAUCCACGGUCCACCGGAGCCCUCUUUUUGUGCGCAAAAGAAUCUCAGGAACGGCUUCGAGCCACCACCGAAUACUAAUAAAGCAUUAAAUAGGUAGUAAUAAUAAUAAUAAUAAUACUAUUAAGAACACUGCUCACGGCCACAAAAGAGAGGCUGUUCCGGGGAAACCUCGCCACGAAGGAUGGCUUGAGCCAAGGCACGGGCGCGGGGGGAGGGGGCGCCCCAAGGGGGUCCGCGGAGCUGCCGCCUGUGCGAAGAGGCGUCAGAGGGGGGAUCACUCGCCGACGAUCAUCUUUCCCGGGAAACUGCGAAUUUUUUUUAAAGACGUUUUUUUCUCCCCGCCAUUCCACUUCCAAAGACGCGGCCCUCUUCCCCAAAAGAGGGAGUGUGUGAGAGAGAAAGAGCACAACUGAAAGAGAACACCCAGACGGGGGGGAUUCAAAAAGGAGAUUUAACUUUCACGAUUGACUUCAUGAAUGCUGCUACGUUUGGCUGAGAGUUGAGCUUUACUUAACUGUCAAGGCAUCUUUACAAGUUUCCCUGCCUUUUUUCUUUCUUUCUUUUUCUUUCCUUUCUUUUCCAACCUCCCGCCCUCUUUCUCUUCUUUUAGGUGUCCCACCAUUACCGUAAGAUAUCUGAUUAUCCAACAGUGUAGAUCACGGGGGAAGGGGGGCGUAUAUGUUAACGUUAAAAAGAAACUAAAAUCAAAAACACAGCGUAAAGGUUUGGGGGAGGGGAAAGUAUAAAAAAGAGCCUUGAUUUUAAAAAGAAAAAAAUGUAAUUUAAGAAAGUUUAUUAUAAAGUGAAUUCAGCAAAAAAAAUA